AUGGUCAAGGAUACAAAAUUUUACGACCUUUUGGGUGUUGGACCUGAUGCUUCAGAAAGUGAACUUAAAAAGGCUUAUAGAAAAUUGGCACUAAAAUAUCACCCCGAUAAGAAUCCGGAAGCUGGUGACAAAUUUAAAGAAAUCUCACAUGCUUAUGAAAUUCUUUCCGAUCCUGAAAAACGUCAAAUGUAUGACCAGUUUGGCGAAGAAGGUCUGAACGGAGGACCUGGCAUGGGCGGCAUGGAUGCGGAAGACCUCUUUGCUCAAUUCUUUGGAGGGUUCGGCGGUGGUCGUCGUGGACCUAGUGGCCCUCGCCGUGGCAAGGAUAUGGUUCAUGCUCUCAAAGUGAGCCUUGAAGAUCUUUACAAUGGCAAGACCAGCAAAUUGGCUCUUCAGAAACACAUUCUUUGUCCCAAAUGUAACGGAAAGGGUGGUAAAGAAGGCGCAGUUCGUAAAUGUCAAUCCUGUAAUGGUCAAGGUAUCCGCAUCAUCACUCGUCAGAUGGGGCCCAUGAUUCAACAGAUGCAACAACCCUGUGGUGACUGUCAAGCAACUGGUGAAGUGAUUGACGAAAAGGACCGCUGUACCGAAUGCCGCGGUAAGAAGGUGGUAGGUGAAAAGAAGAUCCUUGAAGUCCAUAUUGACAAAGGCAUGCGUGAUGGACAAAAAAUUACUUUCUCUGGCGAAGGUGAUCAGGCGCCUGAUAUCAUUCCUGGUGAUAUUAUCAUUGUUAUUGACGAAAAGCCUCAUCCUCACUUUAAGCGUCAGGGCGAUGACUUGGUCUAUGAAGCCAAGAUUGACCUCCUUACAGCCCUCGCAGGUGGUAAAUUUGCUAUACCUCACCUUGAUGACCGUGUCCUCAUGGUAUCCAUACUGCCAGGCGAAGCUAUUAAACCUGGUGAGAUGAAGGUCAUUCCUGAUGAGGGUAUGCCCGCUCAUCGCACUCACACUCGUGGUCAUCUCUUUAUCAAAUUCGUCAUUGACUUCCCUCCACCAAACUGGACCGUACCUGAAAAUAUUGCUGCUCUUGAACAAAUUUUACCUCCUCGUCCUGCUCUACCUUCCUUUGGCGAUAAACAUAUCGAUGAAGUUGUCAUGGCUGAUGCUCAGCCUUACCAAACAGGCCCAUCUGGACGUAACCAAAAUGCUUAUGAUGAAGAUGAAGAUGAUCACCACGGUCCUGGUGUGCAGUGUGCUCAACAGUAA